UAGUGAUUUAAGUAGAAAAACUGGACGAAUGCCUUGAAAUAUAUCAUCUGAUCAGUGUCUUUAGGUGUGGCAACCGUAGUGUAAGCAGAAUAAUUGACUUCGAUCCGUUGAAUUAUUAGAAAAAUAAUGCACACCAACGGCCUGUCGCCCCUUACUUAACUGACUGAGAUGUGGCCCAGUUAUGGCCCAUGUGUGGCCCCUGUCUUUAAUUCAUAUUAGGGCCACUCCAGGGCCGUCGUUGCGGUGUGUGGGUCGAGGGAAAAGUGGUUGUGUGAACCGGAGCUGGGCCAGAAAACAAUUGCUAUGUGAGUGUGUAGUUUUACAUUUGAAAGGUCAAAUACACACAAAAAUAUCCUAUAUCAAAAUAUCCUUCUAAACACAGUCGGUUAUGUCUUAAGUCCCAGAUAUUUAGACAGAUACAUAAGGAUUUUGUUUUUCAUGCUAAACCUGUUCAAUUUUUAAUUUUUUUAUUUUAAAAUGAUCAUUUAUCUAUUAUUAUUUUUAAUUAGGCUACAUCUUAUCAUUGUCAAGUGUUUUUAUUUAUGUUAAUUUCCAUAUUUACAUGCUACAACGUUGUGUGAUUUUCAAUUAAAUAUUUGACUAGUAAUUCGCUCUUUUUUUCUCCUCUAAUCCUCACUCACAAAGACUGUUGAUGCUGAUCAAAUACCAUGUGAGGCAAAUUUUAAUUCCUUUUCAUUUAUUUGUGCAGAUCGGCUUUUUGUAAAGAAAAAAAAACAAAAAAAAAACAGCGCACCUAAGUAAUUUUCCCCGUAUUAUUUCCCUCCUCUCGACGCUUCACGCUCCAGUCCAGCGGGUGGCGCUAAAACACAUGCGUUUGUUUGCCAAACACCAUCAAACCUCAGAGGAAGAAGUUUAGUUUCACCGCGCUCUCUGUUGUUUUGUCGUGAUGCUGGUGUAAUACAAACUGUUAGAAAUGUUGUCUCUGUAAAUAGAAAAGUACAGUUUUUGAAUCAGGUCAGUAAAUACCUGUAACAUUCUCAUCCUCAUAGUCGUGACUAAGUUUUGAAGCAGGAAUAUCUGGAGGAGUAUCAUUUGAACUGAGAUCUGCUGUGAAGAUGGUGUUUGUUAAAGAGGAGAGAGAGGAGGACACGAGUGAACCAGAAACCUGGAGAAUAAAACAGGAGGAACCAGAACCCUGUAGAAUAAAACAGGAGGAACCAGAACCCUGGAGAAUAAAACAGGAGGAACCAGAACCCUGGAGAAUAAAACAGGAGGAACCAGAACCCUGGAGAAUAAAACAGGAGGAACCAGAACCCUGGAGAAUAAAACGCGAAGAACCAGAACCCUGGAGAAUAAAACAGGAGGAACAAGGAGAGUUGAUUGAAGAAAAAGAGAAGAAUGAAAAAUCAAGUGAAGUUGAGGAGAAAAAUCAUGUCAAAACUGGAGAAAACCUUGAGUUCCCCUCAAACCAAACUGAAAGAUUUAAAGAAAAGAAGAGCCAAGAAAUCUUUCACCUGCACUCAGUGUGGAAAGAGUUACACACGCAAAACAAGUCUUGAGCGUCACAUGAGAGUUCAUACUGGAGAAAAACCAUUCACUUGUGAUCAAUGUGGGAAGAGUUUUAGACAAGCAGUAAACCUUAAUGAUCACAUGAACAUCCACACUGAAGAGAAGCAGCACGCAUGCGAUCAGUGCGGUAAAAUGUUUUUAUGGGCUUCAGUUCUGAAGAAACACUUGAAAGUUCAUUUAAAGGAGAAGCCGCAUUCAUGUAAUUUGUGUGGUAACAGUUUUUUGUGUCUAAAAAAUGUGAAGGUAUGUCAGAAAAUACAUUCUGCUGUGGCAGAGUACAUGUGCUUUGAGUGUGAAAAGACUUUCACUUCAGCGACCUGUACAAAACUGCAUGAAAGCAUCCACACUGGAGAAAUACCUUUUAAGUGUUCACACUGUGACAAGAGAUUCAGUCGAUCAGCACAUCUGAAAACACAUGAGAUGAUUCACACUGGAGAGAAACCUUUUAAGUGUUCACGCUGUGACAAGAGAUACAGACGGUCAACACAUCUGAAAACACACGAGAUGAUCCACACUGGAGAGAAACCUUUUAAGUGUUCACACUGUGACAAGAUAUUCAAUAGGUCAGCAGACCUGAAAACACAUGAGAGGAUUCACACUGGAGUGAAACCUUAUGAGUGUUCACACUGUGAAAAGAGAUUCAGUCAGUCAUCACAUCUGAAAACACAUGAGAGGAUUCACACUGGAGAGAAACCUUAUAAGUGUUCCCACUGCAACAAGAGAUUUAAUAAGUCAGGAGACCUGAAAACACAUGAGAGGAUCCACACCGGAGAGAAACCUUAUAGGUGUUCACACUGUGACAAGAGAUUCAGUCAUCCAUCAAAUCUGAAAACACAUGAGAGGACCCACACUGGAGAAAAACCGUAUCACUGCACUGCAUGUGGGAAGCGUUUCAGUCGUUCAUCUGCUCUACACAGGCAUACAAAAAACAAUCACAGUAAGGCCCUGUACACACAUAGAUGCAUUUAGCUGUAUACGUAAAUAUUUUGUAUCGUAUCAGCGUUUCGUCCAGACGAAUCCGGCAUUUUGGGAUUUUCUCUAUUUUGAAACCGGGUCUCAGAGUAGAUAAAGCUGAAAACAACAUCUUUUGCGUUUUCGUGUGUACCGUAAAUCCGUAUAUUUUGUGACACGAUGAUGUUAUCACCCCACGUCUCAACUGCUAUGUCACGUAACAAUAACAACAAUGACGGACUACAUGCUUGUGUCUGUGCUGCAGAAGCCCAUUAGCUUCACUAACUUUACUAGCUUUUCUUGUUGUGUUGGGUUUGUAUACUGUGCGCAAGGUUGAUGCACAUGCUCCAUCAUCUCCGUUUUUGGUCUGGCAUGAAUACUACAUCAUUUUGAGUCAGUUUCAAUGGUUUUGUGUGUAUGCAGAUAUUUCUUGAGAUGACGCCGUGUUUACGGAAGAAUGAGAAAAUAAAAAAUUGGAUUGGGAAAGCUCUGGCUUUGUGUGGAUGAGUCCUAAGUAGAUCAUCUUCAGAUCCAGCACUUUCAAAUCUGAUGCUGCCUCCUCAUCAAAUGCAACACAACAAUGCAUCAAACAGUAAAAUAUCAUCAACUCAAAGAUGGAGUUCCUGCCCAAAGAACAAUGUCAAAGUUUUAUUCUUGUAUGCCAUCUUGCUUCAUGAUAUUAAUGGUAUCAUUAUGUUUUAUUAUGAGUUUCAUAUUAUGUUCAAUUGUCUUAUGCAUAUAUAUCACUUGUAGUUUGCUUGCUUGUAGAUGCUUUUUACAAACAGUUCUUAAGGUCACUUUUUUUGGUUCACUUUUUUAAAUAUUGUUCUUCAUUGUUGUUUUUUUAAAAUGACAGAGCUAUUCUUCCAUGUAAGAUGUAUUUAGGAAAUACAUAUGCAAGAUAUACUGUCAUGUAGGGCUGUGCAAAUAAUUGAAUGUGAUUAUCAUGUGCAUCUAGCCAGUAAAGCUGGUUCUGUGAUUAGUAGUAAAUCUCCAUCACGUGCUUUCAGAUGGACCAGCAUUUACCACACAGAGCCGUAGUUCACUGACAAGCUAUGCAAUAUAGUAGUUUUGCAACUGAUUCUUCUGUGCUUCUUUCAAGUAGGAAUGAAUACCUGAACCUGGUAUUAAAUGAGCUCUGGGGCUAAAUGACAAAAUACUACAGUAUUGAAAAGCGAAUGUUAAAGGGUUACUCCACCCCAAAAUAAAUUUUUUUGUCAUUAAUCACUUACCCCCAUGUCGUUCCGAACCCGUAAAAGCUUUGUUCAUCUUCAGAACACAAUUUAAAGGGGUCACCGGAUGCAAAAUUCACUUUACAAGUUGUUUGAACAUAAAUGUGUGUUGGAAGUGUGUGUACACAUCCAUCCUAUAAUGAUAAAAAUCCACCCAGUGUUUAUUAAUUUUUUAAAAUCCCCUUUCUCAAAUCAGGCUGUUCUGAGAUUCCUGUCAGAAUGACAUAGGCACGUCUUACCUUAGACUCGCCCUGAGAGAACUGUCAUCAGUCCACCAUUGUGUUUCGACUCCGGUGCAGGGGAAAACAAGAUGUCUCCGAUUAAGCGAUUGAGGUGAUUUGUUGCUGAAUGUAAUAAUGAACAUAGCAGUCGUUAUUUACUAGCGACAUCUGAGCCGCUGAAGACACAGAGGAUUAACAGUACUUUCAUUUUGAAGGGAAUGUGCCGAUCCUGAUCUGCCUAAAUGCGUCUGUUCACGCGAUUCAUUCGUGAUUCAGCUUCAUCUACAGAAGAAGUGAUUAUAAGGAUUUUUAUGAAUCUUUGCAAAACACCUUUCCUAAUAAUGUGCUAGUUAGCCAGUUUCGCAGCUGAAGUUUACAGUCUGCGCGUCAUCCCACGGAAGAGAGGGGCGGGGUCAGCAGAGCUCAUUAGCAUUUAAAUUUUGACAUAGUAAAAAAGGUGUUUUUUACACUACCAUUGAGAAAUUUUAACCAAAGUAUGUUAUAGACUUUUCAUUAAAACCCUAAAGAAUCAUAUCAACUUGUGGAAAAUGGGCAUCCGAUGACCCCUUUUAAGAUAUUUUGGAUGAAAACCGGGAGACUUGUGACUGACCCAUUGACUGCCAAACAAUUUGCACUGUCAAGGCCCAGAAAAGUUUGAAAGACAUCGUCAGAAUUGUCCAUCUGCCAUCAGAGGUUCAACCAUAACGUUAUGAAGCUACAAGAAUACUUUUUGUAUGCAAAAAAAAAAAAUGACUUUAUUCAACAAUAAAUAAAGU